UUUGCAGUGUUUGAGGAGAGAGAAAACAAUUGCAAAUAUUGCAAUGAAGUAUUGAAAAUUUUUUAAUUAUUGUUAAUUUCACAUCACUUCACAUAUACAUAUAAAUAAAGUGUUAAAAAUGUUAACUCGAAGAGUUGCAUUAUUGCAACAAUGUUCACGUUUAAAGACAAUUUAUUCACGAAAAUCAACAAAAGCAAAACUCGAUCAAACAGAAUUAGCUUUCCCAGAAAAGUUAAGAUUUCCCAUGCCAAAACCAAAACUUCAAAAGACAAAACCAUUUUUAAAAGAGCUUUUCGUUGGGAAAUUUGAUGCUGAGAUGUUGACAUAUCCCGAGCCACAACCCGAUCAGCGUUCAAAUGAAUUUAACGAUUGGUUGAGGCCAAUUGAGGAUUAUGUGAAAACACUUGACGGUGAAUGGAUUUAUAAUAGUCGAUCAUUUUCUGAGGAAAUGCGUGAAAAAUUGAAAGAAUUUGGAAUCUACGGCGGUCGAAUACCAUAUGAAUACGAUGGACUCAAUUUAUUAGAAUCCGAGUAUCUUCGUCUUAUUGAAGUUCUCUCAACAAUACCAAAAUUGGGUAUUAAUUUUAUACAAUGCAAUAAUUAUCCAGUUGAAUUAUUAAAAAAAGAUGGUACAAUUGAACAAAAACACAAAUAUCUACGACAAAUUGCAAGUGGUUAUUAUUGUCCAAUAGUUUGCGCAAACGAAAGCAACGAUCGAAUUGAUCCUGAAUGUUUAAAUACAAAUGCUCGUUUGUCGCACGAUGAGAAAUCAUGGAUAUUAUCGGGACAAAAAUUAUUUGUACAACAGGACAAUAAUGCAAAUCUAUUUAUUGUUUAUGCAGUUGCACGCGUUGGUGGCGAUAGACGAUGUAUUCCUGAGACAUUGUCAACAUUUAUUGUUGAAAAAACAACACCGGGAGUUGGUGAAUUAAUAUCCGUUAAAUCGCCAUGGUUGGGAAUGGAAAAUAUGUUUUCAGUGAAUUUCAAUGAUGUCGUUAUUCCUUAUGAGAAUAUUAUUGGUGAAGUGGGAAGUGGUGUGCAAUCAUUGGAGAAUUAUUAUACUCGUGAUUUACAUUUUUCAACGGGUGUUUAUAUUAGUUGUUUAAAAAAUUUUUUAAAUUCAUUAAUUAAACAUGUGAUUCGUUAUGAUAUGCAUGAACGUGAGGGGAUAAAAAGAAUUAUUUCCAAUAUUUCAACUUCAAUUUAUGCAAUGGAAAGUAUUGCUUAUUUAACGACAUCAAUCGCCGAUUUGUAUGAGGGUCAGGAUUUAAUUGUGGAACAAGCUAUUGCAAAGGAAUAUUGUAGUAAAGAAUGCAUUGCUAGAUUAACUGAAGGAUUUCAAAUUUUAGAUGCACAUCUCUGUGCAACUACUUUUCCAUUCGAACAGGUCAUAAGAAAUCAAAUGUUUGCAUUGCAAAAUAAUUGCGAUUUAAAAACCUAUAUUGGAUUAUUGGGAGUUCAAUAUGCUGGAGUUUAUUUUGGCGAUGAUGUGAAAAAGAUGCGUAAUCCUUAUGAUUAUCCUGGACAUUUUCUUAAAAAAGUAUUUGGACGCGAAGAAAAAUUUCCAUCACUUAAUCUACUAGAAAAUCUUCAUCCUUCAUAUGAAAAUUAUAUUGGCCUUCUUGAAGAAUCAAUUGGAAGAAUAAAGAAAAGUAUCAGAGAAAUUUUAAUUCGACAUGGCGCUGAAACGGUGACCAAGGAAAUUGAUAUGCAUCGUAUUAGUGAAAUGGCGUCUUUAAUUUAUGCAAUUACCGCAUGUUUUGGACGUGCAUCACGUUCAUAUUGCAUUGGUCUUGAAGGUUCAGAUUUUGAAAUGCAAACAGCUAUUGCCUUUUCAUAUGACGCCUAUUAUAAAAUUAAAAGUCUCUAUGAACAAAUUGACGAUGGCGAUAUUUGCAAUGGCAAUAUUUAUUAUCCUACUAUUGCAAAUCGUAUGUACGAAUUGAAAAAGUAUAUGUUGGAAAAUCCUUUAAAGAAAAAUUGGUAAAAAUGUUUACACUGUUUUUUUUUUUUGUACAAUUUUAUAAAUUAUUUCAAAGAUUUCUUUGGAAAAAUGUGAAAAAAAUAUUUAAUUUUUACACGUUCAAUGAGAGAGGAUUUUUGUUUGUAUUUCAUUUUUUUUUAAUUUUUAAAAUUUUAUUGAUUGAAUUAAUUUUGAUAAUUAUUGAGUUGAUUUCUGAAUUUAUUAGUAUUAUAAUUAUUUUCCAAUAAUUUUUGGAAAACAAUUCCAUAUUAAAAAAAAGCAAUUUUCAAAAAUUGCACUUGCAUUUUAAAAUGAGAAUAUGUAAAUAGUAAAUUUAAAUUAUGUAGCGAAUAAGUAAUUUGAUUGAAAUAAAACAAAAAAGUAAUAAUUUUUCAA